AUGGAACAUACUCUUAAAUGCAACGUUCUCAAGUGUCGGAAAGAGCUCAGUGACCAGGCCUUGGUCACCACGUGCAGUCACAUCUUUUGUGUAGACUGCUCUAAGCGUCAUGGCUUGACGGGCCAAGCUCAGGUUCGCCGCAAGUCGUGCCCGGCUUGUGAAUGCCAGCUCAACAAUCCAGACGACGCUGUGGUGACCAACUUGAACCUGACCGAAGACUACAAAACCAGCGUUCUCAGCGGGCUGAGCCCCAACAUAAUCAUGGAAUGUGCAGGAAGGGCUCUGAGCUUUUGGGCCUACCAGACAACCCAAGAAGUUAUAUACCAGCGCUAUCUCGAAAAGACGCUGACGGAGAAGCUGAAAACCCUAAACACCAAAUUCGAAAAGACGGUGGGUGAUGCGAAUGCCGACAUUUCGAGUCUCCAGGAAAAGAUGCGAGCUCUCUCAGUUGACUACGACGACAUGCGACGGAAACACGAAGAACUUGCGCGUUCCUACCAAGACAAGUGCCGCAAGCUCACACAAGUUCAGGAACUCUACGACAAGGUCAAGCGGAAAGCCGAGUUGGGACAGAUGGAGGCGGCCGCCUCGGAUGCAGUUGACUCCAACCUUCAAUACGACUUACAAUUACCGGCUUUUGAGUUUCCUGAACCCGCAGCGAGGCAAAACAUCUACGAAUCGCAGUCGCAGUCUGCGUACAACAAUGCACAUUCCUACGUCGGGCCGGAAAGGGGACAUCGAAGACCUCUUGCUGGCGGAGGAGGUUCCGGGCCGCUUCGCGACGACAGAGCUUGGUCAAAACCAGGACCUGCGCAAGGCGGCAUCAUGAGCACCCCACGAGCAGUCAAACGUCCAGGCCUUGCUCCCGCAGCAUUUGGCCAUUUGGCGGACCCGUGA